GCGGUGGCACAUCAGCACGUGGACGGGAAAGCUUACUCCGGGUGCACCUCGCCUCUCCAUCUCUCCCUGAACUUUGCCGGUGAAUGCAGCAAACUGACAUUCCCCGUCGGCAUCCCUGCUGUGGGUGGAUCCUGCAAUUCCAAUAGCUCUUCUUGGUUCCAGUUAGCAAAAGGACUGGAGGGGGGGGCGGAGUGGAGAAGAUGGAAAAGCAGCCAAUAAAACAAAGAACAUCCUCAUUAUUCUGGGACAGCAUGGCAGCUGCAGACCUCUUAAUCGUGGCACUGUCUGGUGUUUUUCUAGACUUGUGGACUGGAUGCCACGCGACAGAUACAAGCCAGCCAAGGUUACGCCUGCCACAUAAAGAGCUCUGGGAUUUGAACAGAACAUCAGUCUUUCAUAGCCCAUCUGGAUACCUUGGUCUUCAUGUAAUGCUUCUGGAUGAGUAUCAAGAUCGACUCUUUGUGGGAGGAAAGAACCUGGUAUAUUCUCUCAGCUUAGACCGAGUCAGUGAGAAUUACAGAGAGAUUCAUUGGCCUACUACAUCCCUGCAAGUGGAGGAAUGCACAAUCAAAGGAAGAUAUCCUGAAGAGUGUGCAAAUUAUAUCCGUGCCCUGCACCGAUACAACAGAACACACCUGCUGGCCUGUGGGACAGGAGCUUUUGAUCCUGUCUGUGCUUUUAUCCGAGCUGGCCAUCAGUCAGAGGAUCAUCUGUUUCUUCUAGAAGCUCACAGACUUGAGAGGGGACGUGGCAGGUGCCCAUUUGACCCCGGUUCCUCCUUCAUCUCCACUUUCUUUGGUGGUGAGUUGUUUGCUGGCCUCUACAGUGACUACUGGGGGAGAGAUGCUGCAAUCUUCCGCACUAUGGGCCGCACGGCACAUAUCCGAACUGAACCAGAUGAUGACCGCCUGCUGAAAGAACCAAAAUUUGUUAGCUCUACUGUGAUUCCUGACAAUGAAGACCAGGAAGAUAACAAGGUGUACUUUUUCUUUACUGAGAAAGCAUUAGAGGCAGAGACAGGAGCUCAUGCCAUCUAUUCCAGAGUCGGAAGAGUGUGUGCAAAUGAUAUGGGUGGACAACGGAUGCUGGUGAAUAAAUGGACCACUUUCCUCAAAACCAGAUUGAUCUGCUCUGUGCCAGGAAUGAAUGGAAUUGACACACAUUUUGAUGAACUAGAGGACGUCUUUUUACUCCGGACUCGGGAUAACAAAAACCCAGUGAUAUUUGGACUUUUCAACACUACAAGCAACAUAUUCCGAGGAUAUGCUAUAUGUGUUUAUCACAUGGCUAGUAUCCGGGCAGCUUUCAAUGGACCGUAUGCUCAUAAAGAAGGACCCGAAUACCACUGGUCUGUGUAUGAAGGAAAAGUACCAUACCCAAGGCCUGGAUCAUGUGCCAGCAAAGUGAACGGAGGUCUGUAUGUGAGCACCAAAGAUUACCCAGACGAAGCAAUCCGUUUUGCCAGGAGUCAUCCACUGAUGUAUCAGCCUGUUAGGCCUGUUCAUAAGAGACCAGUUCUUGUGAAGACAGAUGGGAAAUACAAUCUCAAACAAAUAGCAGUAGACAGAGUGGAAGCAGAAGAUGGGCAAUACGAUGUCUUAUUUAUUGGGACAGAUAAUGGGAUUGUACUGAAAGUCAUUACAAUUUACAACCAGGACACAGAAUCGAUGGAAGAAGUGAUUCUUGAAGAGCUGCAAAUAUUCAAAGUGCCAGUUCCUGUUAUAUCCAUGGAAAUUUCUUCAAAACGGCAACAAAUUUAUGUUGGGUCCGAGUCCGCCGUUGCACAAUUAAAGUUCCACCAGUGUGACAUGUAUGGGACAGCCUGCGCUGACUGCUGCCUAGCAAGGGAUCCUUACUGUGCUUGGGACGGGAUCUCUUGUUCCAGAUACUAUCCAACAGGAACACAGGCAAAGAGACGUUUCCGCAGACAAGAUGUCCGUCAUGGAAAUGCAGCUCAGCAGUGCUUUGGUCAGCAAUUUCUUGGAGACAUCCUGGAUAAGACUGAAGAGCGAAUAGUGUAUGGAAUAGAAUACAACAGCUCUCUACUUGAAUGUAUCCCAAGGACCUUGCAAGCAAAAGUGAUCUGGUUUGUACAGAGAGCACAUGAGACCCGAAAGGAAGAGGUGAAGACUGAUGACAGGGUACUCAAAGUGGACUUUGGCCUCUUGUUUUUAAGGCUGCACAGGAUGGAUGCUGGGACAUAUUUCUGCCAGACAGUGGAACACAGCAUUGUGCAUACAGUCAGAAAAACCACACUUGAAGUUGUAGAAGAAGAACGUGUAGAUGACAUGUUCAACAAAGACUAUGAGGAGGAUGCAUCACAUAAGAUGCCAUGCCCGGCACAAAGUAGCAUGCCCCAGGGCUCAAGGCCAUGGUACAAGGAGUUCUUGCAGUUAAUAGGUUAUAGCAACUUCCAGAGAGUGGAGGAGUACUGUGAAAAAGUGUGGUGCACAGAUAAGAAGAGAAAAAAGCUGAAGAUGUCUCCAUCCAAGUGGAAGUAUGCCAACCCACAAGAGAAAAAGGCACGCAUCAAACCCGAGCAUUACCGAGUUCCCAGGCAUACUGCUGACUCUUGAUGGGCAAAGAUAACCCAUUGAUUCAAGUGAGCAUUUUUUGUUUGGACCUAACGAAAGGGAAAUCCAUCUUGGAUUUGGUGAUUAAUACAGGUUUAUAUAUAUGAAAUGUUGAGACUGGAAAUGGAAAAAAAAAGUGUUUCGUAAGUUAUACACUUGAUGUCUAUUUAGAUGCGGUUUUUAAAAAUUGCUUCAUUCUUUAUUCUACUUGUAUCAUUCCAUAAUGAGUUCUCCAUUUAAGGACAAUCUGACAAUCACCGUAUUCAACAUUUAGUAAGCAUGGAGGACCAUGUUUGUGCUGUAUAUUCUAUUGUUGUUGAGGAUAUUUAAGCGAACUCAGAAUGCCGAAGCAUUGCAGAGCAAAACAACAAUGUAUUGUAUCGUUUUGAUUUCAGAAAUGUCUGGAUUUUCGAUAUUGACAUAUCCUGUGUCCUGAGAAUCUGUUUUCAUUUCUGAAAAGCAUGUUUCUAGUGCUUAUUGGUGCAGAAGUCAGUUUGAAAAUAUGAUGGCUGCAACGGCUGUGAAUAGAAAUGAAGGACCAUAAAUAAAUGAUUACAAACAAACAGAAAAAAACUCAUUGACUACAAUGUAGCAAAAGGUAGCAGGGAUUGCACCUCAUUAGAAGCAAUGGCAUGAGACUUAGUUGUGACUAAUUUAAAUCCCACGCGAUAUCAAGGGCAGUUCAUCAUGACUCAUUGUAGCUGGAUUGUGCCCUAAAUAUUUUUGCUUGAUUUCUAAGUAAUGUAUCAAGAAUUCUAAAGGCUGGCUCUAAUUUCCUCUUUUGAGGAGAAUAACUUCCUGGUAAGAGUUUUUUUUCUAGGAGCAAGGUCCAUAGCUCAGUGGUAGAGCACCUGCUUUUUAUGCAGUUUCAACCCUUGG